AUGACAAUGAAUUUUGGUAACAUGACCCUUGGGGGAGCUGCGGCAACCUUUGGGGGUCAGUCAAACCCAAUGUGCAACUAUACCAGCCCUCUUGCCAAGAAGUUUGUCUAUAAGGAAAUGGGGAAGGUAUAUUAUCCUCUUCGUCGGCAUGUUUUUCGACUGAAGCUACGCACGGCAGCAGAGAUUCGGUUCAACGAGAUUGUGAAGAGAUACAUGAAGGACAAGAUGAGCUUCAAGAAAGGAUGCUAUGCGGCGACCAUCACAAACACUGUGGAAUUGGACCAUAUGGGAAGUAUUAUCCCCAAGGAUGAAUACGAAGUGCGUCGACUCACGAGCUAUAUGACGAGUAAGAAGAUGAGUAACGACUACAAAAAACACAUUCAAGACCUAUGGACCCGUGUGCUUUUUGUUUGCGAGUCUUCAAAUUUGGUGGGAGUUACAGAGAACGCUAUGCACCAAAACUCGCGCCCUGGCACCGAUGAGGAGUUUAUGGCAGUUAUUUGGUAUUCGAGUUUUAUCUCUACAUUCUUUGCAUUUCUUGUUACCCUUUGUGUGUGGUGGUAUAGAUACGGACAAGCUCCUCAAUAUGCUGAGGUGAAGUAG